AACAGGAGCUCCCGCAGCUACACACUGGAGCCGGAGAGCAGAAUGCUGGUGAAAAUUCAGAAGGCGCUCACGGUUCGUAACAGGACCAUCAGGGAGCUGCUGGCAGAAGCGCUGGGGAUGUUCAUCCUGAUGCUCAUUGGCUUGUCUUCUGCUGCUCAAGUGACUUUAGGACGAGGAGAAUUUGGGCAAUAUCUGAGCAUCAACUUGGGAUUUGGCAUUGGUGUCACCUUGGGGAUCCAUGCAGCUGGAAGAAUCUCUGGAGCUCAUCUGAAUGCCUCCAUUACCCUCACACACUGCCUUUUAGGGAACCUCCCCUGGAAGAAGUUCCCAGUUUAUCUGCUCGGCCAGUUCCUGGGCUCCUUUCUGGCAGCAGCUACUGUUUUUGGUAUCUACUAUGAUGCACUGUAUGACUAUACCAAGGGGAACUUUACAGUGACGGGUCCAACUGCCACGGCGGGGAUCUUCUCCACUUACCCUGCUCCCUAUAUGUCCUUGAUGGGGGGCUUCCUCACAGAGUUUAUAGCGACGAUGAUGCUGUUCUUGGGCAUUCUAGUCAUCCACGACGAGAAAAAUAAUGGAGCCCUGAAGGGCACACAGGCCCUGCUCACGGGUAUCCUGGUCCUAGGCAUUGGCCUGGCGAUGGGGAUGAACACAGGCUACGCCAUGAACCCCUCCCGGGACCUGCCCCCAAGGGUCUUCACUGCCAUUGCUGGCUGGGGAGUGGAUGUCUUCACGGCUGGACAUGGCUGGUGGUGGAUCCCACUUGUAGCUCCAACACUGGGAAGUCUUUUUGGUGUUUUAAUCCACAAACUCUUUAUUGAUUUGCAUAAUCAGCCUGUCCUGGAAAGUGGAAAUGAGAAAAGACGGACAGAUGUGGAGAUUUCUAGGAUGUGACAGCCACGUGCCCUAAGGAAAGGGCCUGAAAGGAAAGCUUAGUUGGACCACGUGCACCGACAGUCAACUGAAUGGAUACCAGCACAUGCAAUGACCAGUGCACGCAGUUAUGCAUUCCUACACAUGGAGAAAUGAGAAACAAGUUUUUAAUAAAGCAAUGCUGCUCAACCAGACAAACUGGGUCUCUGAGACACUGGGAAGACCUGGAUAGGGCUAGACUUGCCUAUGACCCAAAGAAAUUUUUCAAACUUGCUGUGUAAAAACUUAUCAAAAAAAAAAAAAAAAAGAAAAGAAAAA